CGUUUACGUAAGCCCAUCCCUGCCGGCGGGAUGACGUCGGCGGGCGUGUCCAACAACAGAGGACACAGGGGACUCCAGAAUGGGAGACAGUUUUCGUGAGCAGCUGACAGAGGACCGCAUCUUCCUCAAAGCUGACCGGAGACUGGACACGGAAAUUGUGGAUAAACUCAUCCUGCAGCUCAACAGAAUCUACCCGCAGAUCCUCACAGACAAGGAGGCAACCAAAUUCAGAAACUUGGAUGUGCCUACAAGUGUUUGCCUGGGUGAGCUUUUGACACACCUGCAAGGUAAAGGUGAGGAAGCAUGCCGGGAAUUUUACAGGGCUCUUCACUUGCAUGUCGAGGAGGUCUACUACAGUUUGCCUACGAGGCUCCGCCUUAGAGAUUCCUUGGACCCACUGAAAUUUCCACGUGUCACCCCACAGAGACAUGUUCUGAAUGAAAGAGGACCCCUGUUCUUUAUGGGCUGUUUCACCUUUGUGGUGGGGAUGGCUUUCUUCUAUUACUGCAGUGAAGCUAAAGUGACGGCAGGCAGCCGGACGCUCGGGAUGGCCGCUCUUGGUUUGAAAAGAAAAGCUCAGGAGGUUCUUGUAUGGUACGCUGAGGAAAGCCUCACCAAGUACUAGGAGACUGCAUCAGCAAUACUGCUCUUAUGAAUGCUACUAAUACCAAAGCACAGCACUGUUCUCAAGAGUUUAAAGAUAAUUUUGUACACAGUUUAUAUUAAAUAUGCUUUUAUUUAGUUUGUUUGCUUUUGGUACUUUACCAUUAAAAAUAGUCUUUAAAUGGUUUAAAAGGAUUGAUACAGUUGAGGAUAAAAACAGGUGUAGGAAAAUGGAAACAAAUUUGUGUUGCUGAAUGCUUACACAAAACCAAUUUGAAGCUUUUCUAACAACUCAACUUACAUCGAAACACUUUUUAUUACUUUUAUUGGUAUCAAACUGAGAAAUUUAAAAACUAAAUAAUGGGGUGUUUCUUGGAUUUAAUCCCUGAGUAAUUAUGACAUUUUGGUGUUGUGACUUUUUUCAUUCAGUCGUUGGAGUUUUUUUCCCUUUUAUUUGUUGCAUACAACACUUUGAAGCAGUUGUGAGCCCUUAGUUAAAUCCAGAACAGCCCAUGAUUGCCAUCUUGUGGCCAAAAGAGGAGCUACAGCACCAAACUUGUCUUUUUCAUAAGAACGUCUCUAAAUUCCCCUGCUCACAUUCAGAUAAUUAAAAAAGAAUACGCGUGAACAAUCCUAAACGAUAUGUGGCGAGACAAAUGCAUAAAAGCAAUAUUUUAAAGGAGUUUAUGCCGAACGUUGCAACCACGUGACUGUAUCUACCAAUGAGAUGAGGGUCUCCUACCGCAGUGCACCGUGGGUAGAGAGGCGACGGACUCAAAACUUAAAAGUUAAAUGAAAUUGACAAAAAAAAAAA